UGUUCGUCAUCAUGAAUUCCUUAUCUGUAGAAAGCGAUAGCCGAUAGGUUCUGUAGCCCGUCCUCCGAUCACAAGGAAAACAACAGCAACAGGAUGUUGCGAUGCCGUAGUAGGAGCAGUUCUUUAAUCACCUACUAGGCUACAAAGAGGAAUCUGUCAGUUCAUGUAUCGCGGAGUUGUGGAGCUGAUGGGAUUUCCUGGCAUGUAUCAGCGAGGGACCAUCUCGCGUGUACCAUUCGAUCGGCGUGGCAAACGUGCAUAACUCACCCAGGCACAGCAAGAAUGAGCUGUUCUCACUCUUACCUGCAGUUGAAUGCGUCAGUUCCCCAUUGUCCAUGCAGGGGAUGCGCUGCCAACCUUCGAUCGAACAACUGCGAGCACGCUCGGCCGCUCGUCCUCGUCCACAACGUGAUCCACAUUCCACGGACGUAAUAAACUGGUCGGACAAUUCCGGCAUCGUGCUCCGGGAAGCUGCACAUGCUCUGGCCGUCCGGCGCACCGCUCGGGAUGGAGGAAAUGGAACACAACCGUCCACACCCAGUGAGAGAUAGAAGAAGGAAGAAAGAAUAAGCUGAUCCGGCACGCGCUCCAACGCAGCUCGCCAUAUGCGGAUGCGGCGGCGGCUUGGCUUCUCCGUUUCUUUCCAUGAACGGCCGAGGAUGGGAGUGAAUACGGCGAGGGGGAGAGGUAACCCUUCCAAUGCCGCUGUUGCCGGGCAGCUAGCCGGGGGACCAGCGACGCCGCCGAACAAAGGAGCACGGUCAGAGCCGCUGCCGAUGACCAUGACUCCUUAACAAGUUAACAUUCCCUGCCCUUCCUCCUCCAGGCCACGCUGAAUGAGGUGGAUGAAGAUGGGGAUGCAUUCUGACAGCCAUCACAUGCCCCGCGCCCACAAUGAUCGGCCCACAUGGCCUGUUCACUGGUAUUGUAUUGCGGGGUGCUGGUGCAGGGCCAGCCACGCCCCCCCUUGCACUGCAAGGACGACACAUCCCCCUUCUCCCUCUCAUAAAUCCACGGCGCCUCUUGACAUCUUCUCUCUCCCCCCUCAUGACAUAGCUGAUGAGCUGCUCACGAGCAACAUUCCACUCAACUCUUUGAGUCCACCCAUAGACCAUACUCCGUAGAGACAGAACGAAACAGAACAGAAAAGAGAGCUCUGUAGUCGGCGGCACCCGCUUUCGUUCUCUUCUGGUUGCGAAGUUCUUGUUGUUCUGGCAGAUAUAUCCUCGGCCUCCAAUGGCACCAAGUCCAAGGUGAUCAAUACCCAGUCUUCCAAAGGAUUGUUUGAGCAAGAGCUGCCCAAAAAUGCCGGCCAGAAUGGCGAAGGGCUUCUCCCAGGAGGUGACAGAGUUUGACCGGCAGAUGGGGUGCAUGGCAGGCAUGUUCCAGAUCUUCGACCGCCGCCGCCUUCUCACCGGUCGACGACGUGGCGGCAGCCCUGGAACCGGGAACGAACUGCCUCCAGGUCACGAUCUUCCAAGUAGCAGCACGUAUGCCCUGGUGCAUAAUUCAGCUAAUCCAAACACCACUCCGGAGAAUUCGUUCAGCAAAAGUAUGGCUGAGAACACUAUCCUCUCAAUGGAAUCAUCAAGAGUAUCUUCAUCUUCGUCAUCCUGCUCUUCAUUAUCAUCCCUGGACGGCAGCAAACCAGUACAGCAGGAACUCCCUUACAUCAACAAGGAUCCUGCUGUAGGAAGGACAGUGAGGAGCUCACGAAGCUUAAAAUCUUGCAAUAAAGAGGUUAAAUCCAAACGGAGAAAUACUGAUUUUAGAGAUGUCGUAAAGGACUCCAUCAACCGGGAACCUGGUGUCCUAGCCAUCAAGACCACAACGAUGGCGCAGAGAAAUGGAUUGCACAAAGACUCACCAAGGCCACUGUUGAUAUCCAAAUCAACAGAUGGAACCUACGUGAUUGCGAUCGAUAGAAGCAGUGAGCUUCCAGCAUACACUGAUGAAUCUAGAAGGCAACCACGUUUCUCCUGUGACGAUCGACAGCUGCUGCAGCAGGUAGAAGCCCAAGAUAGCCAGAUGCCUUCAUCAAAGCUCAGGGAGCUUCCUAGGUUGUCCUUGGACAGUAGGAAAGAGUCUGUCAAGCCAAGUUCGCAUCUGAAAAACUUUGGUUGCGCAAAAACCGAUGACAGUCUCUAUGAUAAUGUGAAGAGCCAAGAAUCCCCAAGCCAUCGGCGGGCAAGUGGUGUCAUUGCCAAACUCAUGGGGUUGGAAGAGACUAUAGAUAGCUCUGGGCCUGCAAGAUCACAUAGACAAGCCCCUGACAUUCAAAAUGGUAACCCGUCAGACAUCCCCAGGAGUAUCCACCCUGAUCCUAGUGUAUCACAGCUGAUGGCUCAACCUCCUAUACUGAAAACCAAACCUUCCACAAGAAUUGUCCCUGAAGCUGCACCUUGGAAGCAGCAGGAGAGGGGUAUAACAAGAUAUUAUGAUGAAGCAAGGCCAAUAUCUGUAUCCACCUAUGAUGACAUAGAGAGAAGGCUCAGGCAUCUCGCAUUGUCUGAAUGCAAUAAGGACUUGAGGGCUCUCAGGAUACUUGGCAAUUUACACACAAAGCACACACCGUGUCAGAGAGAUUACAGUGCCAGAUUACUGCCCAUUCAGAAGGCAACUGCUGAAGGAAACACUACUGGUAAAGACCUCCAGUCUCCAGUUGUGAUCAAUAAGACGGCAAGAAGAAUCAUGAGAUCGAAAGCUUCAGUUGCUCCCCUUGCAGCCCCAAAAGUCCACCGAAAGUUGCAGCAUGAAGAGCGUCCUUUCACCAGGAAAAGUGACAGCAGUGGCAGGAAGAAGAUCCAUUCUCACAACAAAAGAGAUCAUUCCAGGGCAGAGGAAGCUGUAGGCAGCAUAAUCUCACCACCGCCUUCUAGAUCGUUGAGCCCAAGACUUGUGCAGAAGUCAGACUGUGGACGGAUCCCUUUGGCAGUUCCACUGAUGUCACCAGCCAAGACACUCAAUGAAGUAGUGUCCCCAAGAGGCAGAUUAAGGUCAAAAGCUUCACAAGCAAAUAGCAUCUGCCGCGAUGAUAAGAUGUCAAUAAUUCCUGAAAGUAGAAUUUGUUUAUCCAAGCAGGUUGAUAUGGGCAUUAUCGAUUAUCCAAAUCCUGUUAAUGUCAACACAGCAUGCAGCCAAAGUAAUACAACUUCGACGUGGAAUCAUGAGGAAACACCUCCAAUUCUAUCUUCUGACAAGAAGAACAUCCAUACGCUGGAGAACAUACCGAGUCCUAUAUCAGUCCUUGAUGCCACGUUCUGUCAAGAUGGACUGUCACCUUCUCUGAGAAGCAUGUCAAAUUCUUUCCAAGAUGUUGCGACACAUACAUUGGAUGAGUGCUGGAAUCCAGUAAGCCUCCCUGACACCCCAACAUUGAAGAAAAAUAUUGAGGGUAACCACAUAAUACCAGAAAACAUGAAAGCCCUCAUCCAAAAGCUUGAACUCUUGCAAUUGUUGAGUGAUGAGGCUCCCAGCACAAAUGACAAUUUGUUGACGGUAACUGCCAAUAAAGACCGCCAUUACAUUUAUGAGAUACUCUCAGCAUCAGGCCUCCUACGCAGUGAACUAAGCUCCAAGAUGAUCCCCUGUCGGUUCCAGCGGAAUACACCAUUAUCUUUCGAAGUGCGUAGUCAAUUCCAGCUGCCAAGCUAUACAAUCAAUCCUGAGGUUUUCCUUAUCCUUGAACAAGCAAAACCAGCCGCAGGAAAGCUUCACCGCAAACUCAUUUUCGAUCUUGCAAAUGAACUCAUUGCUCAGAAAAUACACGGUGGCGGUUCUGUGAGACAACAAGUGCAGAUGAUUAUAUGUAAAAAAUCAAGCGGAUGGCAUCUUUUCAAGGAAUUAUGCUCAGAGAUUGAAAUGCUCCAACCUGAGGCCUCAAUAAUAAGAUUCUCUGAAGAGGAAGAGGAAGAGCGCAAGCUAGCAAAGAAUGCAGUACAUGAAAUGGGAAAAUGGAAGAGUUUCGACAGCGAGCUACAAGGGGUGGUUCUGGACAUUGAAAGACACAUCUUCAAGAAUCUCAUUGACGAGGUCAUAAGUAGUGAAGCCAUGAGAAAGGUGUAGGAAAUGGAAAUAUAAAGAGACAGUUGUCCUUGAGAAUCAUAUAGACUAAACGGUUUCAUUGUUUUCCUAUUUUCCAUGAAGUUGACCUGAUGGUAAAUGUAAUUGCAUUUUAGCAGCUGUAAAGAAUAAUAAGUUGUACAAGUAUAUAUGAAAAAUCCUGUACAAAGAAUUAGUUACCCUACAAUCUUUGAUAGAAGAUGCAAAUACUACUGAAGAAUAAAGUUGUUCC